AUGAUACUGCAGCGCAACAUCAAGCUCGUUACCGAGCAGCAUAACAUCCCGAAGCCGUCUCCUAUGGCGGACUUCCCCAUGAAGGAGUGGAGCGUCAAGAUCUACCUCCUCGAUCAGGCUGGCAACGAGCACCCGGCCAAUUGCUUCACCAAGGUCACUUACAACCUCCAUCCUUCCUUCGAAGACAAGACCCACCAGACAUUCACCGAACCCCCCUUCACCUGCGCCAACGAGGGCUGGGGUGAGUUUGAGAUGUCCAUCGACCUCUUCACGACUGAGAAAGGCGGCAAGAACACGAUAUUCCAUGACCUGAACUUCCAGUCUCCCGAGUACGAGGUCGUCCAGCCCAUCACGUUUAAGAACCCCUCUCAGGCCCUCCUCUCCGUCCUCCGUGAGACGGGUCCGAUCCCCAACGAGGACGACUCGAAGGCGGCGGCCAAGGCUCGUAAGGCGAACGACCUUAAGAAGAAGAAGGCAGUCUGCGACUUUGAGAAGAUGGCGGAUGGCCUGGGCAAGCUGAACGAGGACGACCUCCUCCACGUCAUCCAAAUGAUUCAUGAUCACAAGGCCGACGAGACGUAUACCAAGAACGACAUCGACGCGGGAGAGUUCACCGUGGACCUGUUUACGCUCCCCGAUCACCUCGCCAAGAUGAUCUGGGAUUUUCUGGUGGAUGUCAAGGUGGUCUAG